AUGCUUAGACAAGUUACCAGAAGGUCGAGUUUGAGACUGGCUACGAAAGUCAAUGGAUUUUCUCGUACAUAUAGAAACUUUUCUACUUCCUCAACUUUAUUAGAUGCAACAAUUAUAUCAGGAAAACAACUAGCACAGAAAAUAAGAGCCCAAACUUUUGAGCAGAUUGGAUUGCAGAAGCAAAAGUAUCCGGAAUUCCAACCCAAAUUGACUAUUAUCCAGGUUGGUGAUAGAUCUGACUCCUCUACUUACGUUCGUAUGAAGGCUAAGGCAUCCAAGGAGGCAGAUAUUGAUUGCGAAGUUAUUAAAUUACCUGAAGAUGUCGAUGAAUUUACCAUCUUACACACCAUAUCUAAGUUGAACGACGACUCAAAGGUCAAUGGUAUUUUGGUCCAGCUACCAUUGCCUAAGCACCUUGAUGAAGACAAGAUAGUCAAUUCUGUUUCAUCGAUCAAAGAUGUCGAUGGUUUUGAUACUUUCAAUGUUGGUGAAUUGUCAAAGAAGAAUGGUAACCCACAUUACAUACCUUGUACACCAAAUGGAUGUAUUAGAUUAAUUAAGGAAACAGGUGUUGACUUAAAAGGUAAGAAUGCAGUAGUUAUUGGUAGGUCUGAUAUUGUUGGAUCUCCAGUUUCUGCUUUAUUGAGAAGAGAAGAUUGUACAGUUACUACAUGCCAUUCUAAAACUGAAAAUGUCAAGGACCUAAUUUCUAGGGCAGAUAUUGUUAUUGCUGCACUUGGCCAUCCUAGUUUUGUUAAAGGUGAUUGGAUCAAGGAAGGUGCAAUUGUUAUUGACGUUGGUAUUAAUUAUGUCGAAGAUUCAACAAAGAAAAACGGCUACAAGGUUGUAGGUGACGUUGACUUUGAGAGUGUUAAGGAAAAGGCCAGGUUUUUAACACCUGUUCCUGGCGGUGUUGGACCAAUGACUAUUGCAAUGUUAAUUGAGAAUGUCUUCAAUGCUGCAAGUAAACAGUUGGCGAAAAACCAAGAACCAUUAAAGAUCAAUCCUUUGAAAUUGAAAACAUUAAAUCCUGUUCCUUCGGAUAUUGAUAUUUCAAGAGCUCAAAUCCCAAAACUGAUCAACCAAGUUGCUAAAGAAUUGGGCAUCAAGAAUAAAGAUUUUGAAAACUAUGGCCAUUAUAAAGGUAAAGUAUCUCUUGAUGUUUAUGAAGAUCUAAAAGAUAAACGUGAUAACGGUAACUAUGUUUUAGUUGCAGGUAUCACUCCAACACCUUUAGGUGAAGGCAAAUCAACUACCACUAUGGGUAUAGUCCAAGCCUUAGGUGCACACUUGAACAUUCCUGCUAUUGCAAACGUUAGACAACCAUCAAUGGGGCCAACUUUUGGUGUUAAAGGUGGUGCAGCCGGUGGUGGUUAUGCACAAGUCAUUCCAAUGGAUGAGUUCAAUUUGCAUUUAACUGGUGAUAUUCAUUCUAUUUCCAUCGCAAAUAAUUUGCUAGCUGCUGCAAUAGAUACAAGGAUGUUCCAUGAGUCAACUCAAAAAGAUGAACCUUUCUAUAAGAGAUUGGUCCCAAGAAAAAACGGAGUCCGUAAGUUUACCCCAUCAAUGCUGAAGAGAUUAAGAAAGUUGGGUAUUGAUAAAACUGAUCCUGACUCUCUCACCAGCGAGGAGAUUUCGAGAUUCGCCAAAUUAAACAUUGAUCCAAAGUCUAUCACUAUCAAGAGAGUUGUUGAUGUAAAUGACCGUUUCCUAAGGGGCAUCACUAUUGGUCAGGCCCCAACUGAGAAAGGUUUCACCCGUGAAACAGGGUUUGAUAUUACUGUUGCAUCUGAAAUUAUGGCAAUAUUGGCAUUGUCCAAAGAUUUGAAGGAUUUGAGAGAGAGAGUCGGAAAGAUGGUCAUUGGGCUAAACGUAGAUGGCGAACCAAUCACCUGUGAAGAUAUCUGCUGUGCAGGUGCCAUCACUGCCUUAUUGAAGGACACCAUCAAGCCUAACCUAAUGCAAACCUUAGAAGGUACCCCAGUGUUUGUUCAUGCAGGGCCUUUUGCAAACAUUUCUAUUGGUGCGUCGUCAGUCAUUGCAGACAGAUUAGCUUUAAAACUAGUUGGUAAACCAAGGAAAUCCAGUGAUGAUUUCAAGAAAGGUUUUGUUGUUACCGAAGCAGGGUUUGAUUUCACCAUGGGUGGUGAAAGAUUCUACAAUAUCAAAUGUAGAUCAUCGGGAUUGAAACCAAACGUUGUUGUCUUAGUUGCGACUACCAGGGCUUUGAAGUUGCAUGGUGGUGCAAGCGACGUCAAACCUGGUCAAGUAUUGCCAACAGAAUACGUCACUGAAAACAUUGAAUUUGUUAGGAAUGGUGCAUCAUCCAACUUAAGAAAACAAAUUGAAAAUGCCAAAAGUUAUGGGGCUCCAGUUGUUGUUGCAAUUAACAAAUUUGCUACCGACACCGAGAAGGAAAUUGAGACCAUUAGAGAAGAAGCCAUCAAGGCUGGUGCAUUUGAUGCUGUUGAGUCAGACCAUUGGUCACAAGGUGGUAAGGGUGCAAUCAAGUUAGCUGAGGCAAUUGUACGUGCUACCGAGGAAAGACCGUUGAAAGAAAGUCAACCUCCUAACUAUCUUUAUUCAUUAGAUGGUUCGUUAGAAGAUAGACUAAGAACAAUUGCCACCAAGAUGUAUGGAGCAAAGGAUAUUGAACUAUCUGAGUUGGCCAAGAAACAGAUUGAAGAGUAUGAGAGUCAAGGUUUUGGCAAGCUGCCUGUUUGUAUUGCAAAGACGCAAUAUUCUCUCUCCCAUGAUCCAACAUUGAAAGGUGUUCCAAAGGAUUUCAUUUUCCCAAUCAGAGAAGUUAGAAUAAGUGCAGGAGCAGGAUAUUUAUAUGCACUAGCUGCAAAGAUCAUGACAAUUCCAGGUCUAUCAACUUAUGCCGGAUUUAUGAAUGUUGAAGUCAACGAAGAUGGUGAGAUUGAUGGAUUGUUUUAG